CGUUUGAAUUAAGAUUGCUCAUAACCAGGGACUCAGCCCGACUGGACUAAAUUCAAAUCUUCGUCUUCUGCUUCUCAUUUGGGCGUCGAUGCUCCUAUAAAUACCCCGCUAACAGCGCCUGGUGAUAUACUUUUGGAGGGCAUGGACAAGGACGGAGGGGAGCGAUCAAGCUUCGUGUUGGGGCUGAUCGAGAAUCGAGCAAAGGAGGUUGGCGUGGCAGCUUUUGACUUGAGAUCAGCCUCCUUACAUCUUUCUCAGUACAUUGAAACGAGUUGUUCAUACCAGAAUACUAAUACACUUCUUCAUUUUUAUGAUCCGAUGGUCAUAAUUGUACCACCAACCAAACUGGCAGCAGAUGGUAUGGUUGGAGUCCUAGAAUUUGUAGAUAAACAUUAUACAUCGAACAAAAAGGUCACACUGCCUCGCUGUUGUUUUGAUGAUACUAAGGGAGCUGUGCUUGUUAAAAGUUUGGCAGCGAAGGAGCCAUCUGCUCUGGGUUUAGGAAGCUACCAUAAACAAUAUUAUCUAUGCCUAGCUGCUGCAGCUGCUACCAUAAAGUGGAUUGAAGCUGAGCAAGGUGUAAUAGUUGUAAACCACUCAUUACUGGUUACUUUCAAUGGGUCCUUUGAUCACUUGAAUAUUGAUGCUACCAGUGUUCAGAAUUUGGAAAUUAUUGAUUCAUUGCAUUCUGAGUCGUGGAGCACCGGCAACAAGAAGAGAAGCCUAUUUCAGUUGCUGAAAACAACGAAAACCAUCGGCGGGUAUACAACAAUCCCUUUCUUUGGCAACCAGUUAAAAAUUUUCUCUGACAAGAAACAUUUUAAGCAUUACUUUCUUGGAAUUGGUCAAAGGAGGGAGUGGGAAGAGAUAGGUGGUAUUGAUGACCUUGAUGGUGGCUUGCAACUUGUCCUCCUUGAGAUGGUGUUCAAUACUGCUGAUUUGGAAGUCUUUACAAGAUUGAUUUUCUUUCAACAGGAUGAGUCAGGCUUAAUUGAUGUCAUAAGGGAAGAUGUUAGCAUACUGACGUUACUUGCAGAGGUUUUAUGCCUUCUAGAUAUGAUUGUGAAUUCAUUUGCCCAUACAAUAUCCACCAAACCUGUUGAUCGUUAUACUAGACCAGAAUUCACUGAUAACGGUCCUGUGGCUAUUGAUGCUGGAAGGCAUCCUAUUCUUGAGAGCGUACACAAUAAUUUUGUUCCUAACAAUCUUUUCCUCUCUGAAGCAUCUAAUAUGGUGAUUGUCAUGGGACCAAAUAUGAGUGGUAAAAGCACUUAUCUUCAACAAGUUUGUCUUAUCAUCAUCCUGGCUCAAAUUGGUUGCUACAUCCCUGCUCGUUUUGCAUCACUAAGGACAGUUGAUCGCAUUUUCACACGGAUAGGGACGGGAGACAAUGUCGAGUACAACUCAAGCACAUUUAUGACAGAAAUGAAGGAGACAGCUUUUCUCAUGCAAAAUGUUUCUUCAAAGAGCUUGAUUGUCAUGGAUGAACUUGGAAGAGCUACAUCUUCCUCUGAUGGAUUUGCCAUUGCAUGGAGCUGUUGCGAGCAUCUUCUUUCUCUUAAAGCUUAUACCGUAUUUGCUACCCAUAUGGAAGGCAUCUCUGAAAUGGCAACCAUCUAUCCCAAUGUAAAGAUACUCCACUUUGACGUGGAAUUGAAGAACAAUCGCUUAGAUUUUAAGUUCCACCUUAAGGAUGGUCCACACCAUGUGCCACAUUAUGGUCUUCUUUUGGCUGGAAUUGCUGGUCUGCCAAGCUCUGUGGUUGAGACAGCAAGGGGCAUCACAGCAAAGAUAUCUGAAGAGGAUGUGAAGAGGAUGCACGUAAACUGUGAAAAAUAUCGUUCAGUUCAAAUGGCGUACCAAGUUGCCCAGAAACUAAUCUGCUUAAAAUACUCCAACCAAAGUGAGGAUUACAUUCGACAAACCCUACAGAAUCUUCAGGAGAGCUACAAAAUGGACAAGUUAAAUUGAUCCCUUUCAUAUACAAAAGCUCUGAUCCUAUCAGUACAUUGUUACUGGGAGAAUUCUUUGUAAUUCCUUCAUAUUAGUCAUGGCAUUUGAACCUGUAUAUGCUGAAAAGGUUAGUAGCCUGCCUUGUUAAGUUCCAAGAAUUUUCCAAGAUCUGCUUUCUAUGAUCAUGUGUUAAAAGACUACAAGAGUCUAAAAUCCAAUUCAAAAUGUCAAAUCUCUUAGCAUUGUAAGAAUUCCUUUUUAGAUGU